AUGGCUUCUCACCCCGAGCGUUCGUCUUCUUCCUCCUUGGACCUGCCGUCCGAGGCAGCGCCCUUCAACCCAUCCGCCUCCUUCGGCUCAACCGCCGAGCCACCUUCCUCGCCUUCCAUGGCCUCUUCCCCCCUCAUGCCCUCCUCCUCUCCCCCAAUGGGUUCCUCCCCCAUCCUCGCUCCCUCCUCCCCCCUGGAGCCGCCCGACCUAGAGCUCCCCACCUCCUCGGUCACCACCCAAAGUCAAGCUCAACACCAACGAAUCGUCAUCCUCGGCGCAACCGGCAACCAAGGCCGCGGCACCGUCCACGCCCUCCUCUCCUCCAAACACCGCGCCAACUUCCACCUCGCCGCCCUCGUCCGCAACCCCACCUCGCCCGCCUCCCUCGCCCUCUCCUCCCACUCCUCCGGAAUCCCCCUCCUCGUAGCCGACUACUCCUCCCCCGCCACCCUCCUCUCAGCAUUCACCGCCUUCCAACCCACCACCAUCUUCUUCCCGCCCAUCCUAUCCGAUGACUUCGCCCUUGACCUGUCCUACGUACAAAACGUCAUCACCGCCGCCCGCCAAUGCCCCUCCCUAAAGUCCUUCAUCGUCAGCACCGCCUUGGGAACCGAUCGCCGCGCGGAGUUCUCAGGUUGGGGAACAAACGGGGAGUGGUACCCCAUGGGGUCGUACUGGCGGACUAAAGCCGAGAUUGAGCAGCUAGUCAAAGAGGCGGGGUUCGAGAGCUGGACGGUCGUCAGGCCGGGCUGGUUCUUGCAUAGUUUGACGCUGAGGAUGGUGGGGUGGAGUUAUCUUGGGUUUAGGGAGGGGGAGGAGGUCAGGACUAUUAGGACGGCGUGGAGGAGGGGGGCGAAGGUGGCGUGGGUGGAUGCGGAGGAUGUGGGGGUUGUUGUGAGGGCUGUUGUUGAGGAUGAAGAUGGGAAGAAGUAUAGGAAUAGGGGGGUUGAUUUGGCGGUGGAGGCUGUGACGGUGGGGGAACUGGCGAGGAAGAUGGCGAGGGUGUUGGGGGAGGAGGUUAGGGUGUUGUAUGCGGAAGAGGAGCAGAGUAACGCCAUCCUGCAAUCAAUACAAUGA